AUCCUCAAGGCAUGCUCUGGUUUUGCAAAGAAGCUCCCAUCGAAGCUUCCUAAGGAACGGAAAUUCUUGCAGUCCUUGGUGAGCUACGCACUACACAGUCCGUCACCUAGAGCGGCUAAACAUGCCGUUUCUAUCCUCAUGGCUGUUGCCGAUAAGAAGGAAAUGUACGCCAAGGACCUGAUACAGAAAUGCGUUUCCGACUGGGCUUACGGAUCCGAUCGCUUCCUCACCAAAUUGGCUGCCUUGUCUCAGCUGAACCUUUUGGCUCCACGGGAGGCGGAUGACGAGAGCGAUGCUAUCAUCUCGAUUGCUGUCAACAAAAUUCUCCUGACUAACCGCUCACCCCAGCCAGACGCCGGGUAUGCGUGGUCUGAUGUGGUAGAUGAUGAAACAGCCGCCAAGGAAUGGGCCUUGAAAAUAAUUGUCAAUCGCCUACGUGCGAAGGAUGGCUCGGAUGACGAGCAGGACUUCCGUGCCCAUGCCGGACCGGUUUAUGAUACUCUAAACAAACUCGUCGUGAACGACGGCGAGUUGUCUAAGAAGAAAGACACGCCCGCAACGCAAAAGUCACGGCUACGUCUUUUGGCAGCCAGGUCACUGCUUAAGCUCUGUGCGUCCCAUGGACUUUGCGACCAGUUGCUCAGCCCGCGGGAUUUCAACUCGAUCGCUUUGGUUGCCCAGGACCCAGUUCUGGAGGUGAGAAGUGGAUUUAUCAACCAGCUCAAGAAGAAACUUGUACAGAAAACGCACUUGAGCUACCGUUGGUACACAGUCCCCUUCCUUCUUGCCUUCGAGCCUAUCACCAGCUUGAAGGAUAGCACACUUACCUGGCUGCGCUCGCGAGCUGCAUUCUUCUCGCAACAGACCAAUGGCAAGAGAAGCGAUCAACAGACGGUCAUGGAGUCACUCUUCUCUCGUCUACUAUCCCUUCUUGCCUACCACCCCGACUAUCCUCCCGCUGAAAUGGAAGAGUCCACUCGGGUAGCUGAACUAGUCGACUUCUCCCGCUACAUUCUCUUCUAUUUGCAGGCUGUGGCCAACGAACACAACCUGUCGCUGAUCUUCCACAUCGCACAGCGUGUCAAGCAAACACGCGACGGUAUCACGAAGUCCGACGAAAUGAGCACCCGUCUCCACACGCUAUCAGACUUGGCCCAAGCGACCAUUCGUCGCUUUGCGGACAUCUACUCGCAACAGCGCAAGUUCGGAGGCGCAGCUGGCGGUACCAACAUCCUGCAGACUUACCCUGGCAAGAUGGGAGUGCCAAGCUCGAUCUUCGCCCCGAUGGGGAGCCACCGCGAGGCCCAAGAGGUUGCAGAUAAGAACUUCUUCCCGGAAGAUGGCGAAGACUUGCUGGAUCGCAUUGUGCGAUCCGUCAUGAGGACUAAGAGCGGGUCCCAUGGUUCAGCAAAGAAGAGAAAGCCCGAAUCGGCCGAAGCAGGCGGCGACGCCAGCGCUACGAAGAAAGCGCGGAAAGACAAGGAGAAGAAGCCCGCCCGGCCACGCAAGUCGUCCGGCUCCGCGGGAACCACCAGGACGCCCAAGAAGAAGAAGAGGGACGACGAUGGUUGGUCCUCGGAUGAGGAGGCUACCAAGAAAGCUAGCACAGCAGCCAGGAGACGCAGUAGCAGAGGUGCGUCCCGGAGAGUUAGUUACGCGGACAGGGACAGCGAUGAAGAUGAUAUGGAAAUGAACGAGUGGGAGCAGGCAGAGGAGGAAGAACAAGCCGAGGAAGAAGCAGAGGGCGGUGCCGACAGCGAGGAUGACAACGACAGCGUCGACCUUCCAGACAAAGAAGCCGCCCUGGACGAGAUCCUAAGCGAUAGGGAAGACUCGCCUCUAUCAUCCCCGCCGCCUACAUCCCCGCAGAAACCCACGGAGCAAGCGCCUUCAAAACCGAGUGGCAAUGGCAAACGAACCUCGACUCUACCGAAUCGACGAUCCUCUCGAAGAGGAUAA